GAUAUGCCGCCGACAGACUCCGACGAUCUACGCAAAGACCACGAGCUGACGGGGCAGCAAAGGUCGAUGAGACGUGAGUUUACUUCGGAUGAUGAGAAGCGGCUCUUCCCUUCCUAUGUAAAAAAGAACGGUGGCGUGCCAAUCGUACCGGGGCAGACUGUUGCUGUUGCUGCGACGAAGAAGAAGAAGAAGAUGAAACCGGGACAGCAAUUCUCGAACAAACCUGUCGACCGGGUAUCGCAAAACUCGAAGCAAAGCGGGCCAUUUUGUGCGCGGGGAAAGAAAUCCAAUACUCCGAAAGAAUUGCUUACGGCAAUUAACGACGCAUCACGAACUGGACAUGCUCUAAACGUCGAAUCCUUCGACAGACCUGCUAAACGUCAACGUCUCAAUUCCCAACCAGCGCCUAGUAAUGUUUAUAGUAUCUCGGAUAAUGACGACGUGAUGGAGCAAAUCGCACCAAUUUCAAGCACACCUCCAGUGCCCGAACUUUCGUCGCACACGUCUCCAUCAAGAAAGCAUACGGGAAACCAGUCAUGGGAGCCUAAUGAAGAUACAAUUCCAGAGUCUGUCCCAUCCGAUAGUUACCAUGAUGAGAUUUUUACGGAAAAUGCGGCCAAAGAAAGACGUUCGUCUGCAUCAAAUAUUAUCACAUCCCAUUCCAAAGGUCUGAAUCAAGCUCCCCGGCCGGGAAUUUUACAAAGCGUUGAGGUUCAAGGACCAAAAGUUGCCCCUAGACUGAAAGCGAUCUCAAGUCCCUCGGUCUCGAAUAGAAGGCGAAGCUCCUCCGGCAGCUCGGAUGAAUUGCAGGGUGCGGUAACCGUUCCGCCAGUGCCAUCUACUUUGCCGCUUCGUAAGGAAGACGUCAGCAGCGCACUGAGAUCUUCGCCCUCCGAUAUUCACUCAACAACUUUCUCGCCCAGUGGUUUGAAAAAUAAAAAAGGCCGCAAAAAGAGGAGAAGGAUUCCAAACGAACAGACCCGUCAGUUGAAUGAACCUUAUUGGUCAUUCGAAGCGUCUCAAGUUCAAUUUGGCACGGUCCAGCUACGCCCAUCAAGCGAAAAGGCUGUUGAAGUAAAUCUUGACACUAAUCGUUUGUGGGUUGUUGGGAAUACACCUGAUUCAUCAUUACAACAAGAAAUCUCCUUACGCCAGAUUAUGCAGGUCAUUUACGGAGAAGACACGAGUUGUAAAAUUCGUCUAGGGCUGUCGAAAACGGAAGGGCAGUGUAAUCAAAUGGAUAUUGAACUAAUAACACCUAAAGUAAAAGACGAGCUAUUUCACUUGUUGCAGAUUCUUCCUGUCAAGUUCAAAUACAAGCCAAGUGAAUGGAUGGAUCGCACUUUCAAGAACACCGAAAGGGAAUUUAUCUGUUUUUCCAAUAGGUUGAAGCGUCCUAGCAUUGAUAGCGUCUCCGAGCCGGUUGCUGAACCAGAGGCAGAGACGCCCAAGCACCCGAAGAUCUCUGAGUCGCUCAAAGUCGACGAUAGAACUACUGUAUCUUUCAAUGAUACCGAUGAUCACCUUACCAAGUCCGCAGAUGUUCUCAUCAAUGAAUAUAACAAAUCCGAUGAUAUCGCUCACGCUCAUCCUACAAGAGUGGGGGCAAGUAACUCGGUUGAAAUUCCCGUGAUGAAAUAUUCGCCUAGAGUCCCUCCAAGCAAUCGGAAAACAAGAUCAACAACACACCGCACAAAUCCAGAACCAGCCACAGUCAUAUGUGACGACGAUGACGACGAUGAAAACGACUCUGCGCCGCAGCCGCCUGCUAGAACAUUCGCGAAAUGGGAGAAGCCGCUUCUGUACCCGCGCUAUGGCAAGAAGAAGGCUGAAGUGGAUGCUCAGGAUCGUGAGCGCCUCCGUUCUGAUGAAUUCCUGAACGACAACCUCAUAGGGUUCUAUAUGCGCUUCCUGGAAGACCAUCUGGAACGGACCAACAAAGACGCUGCGAAACGGGUUUACUUUUUCAACUCUUACUUCUACGCGACGCUCACAAAUAAUCCUAAGAACAGGAGGGUUGUUAACUAUGAAGGCGUCCAGAAGUGGACUCGAAGCGUGGAUAUCUUCAGCUAUGACUACAUUGUUGUUCCUAUUAAUGAGUCUGCGCAUUGGUAUGUUGCUAUCAUAUGCAACUUGCCCAACCUGCAGAGGAUUUUGAAGAAAGAUUCGGAUGCCGACAAGCCACCUUCCAAUGAUAGUCAAGAGCCUGCCUCUCAGCCUGAAGGUGAGGUCCAGGCGGUUCCCGACACACCAGUUUCUAGUCAAGAGGUUGCGAAAGGACAAGGAAGAUCGGAAGAACAGAAAGCGAAUCCUGAGCCUGCCAAAGAAGAAACGGCACGGCGAUCAAUGGCCGCAAUGACACUGCAUGAUAAAACGGAAAUCAACGGCAAGGGCGCGCAGGAGACUCCUGCUUCUGAUGAAGAUUGGCCUGAGAAAGCGGAGAACCCGAAUACUUCUCCCGUGUGGUUUACCAGCUCUCCCAAAACACGGAGCGGCGCUCAGCAAAUGACAGAGAACGCACCUAAACCCACAGCGCCGUCCCAGAAGUCAAAAAAGUCGAAGAAGUCGCGCGGACCCCGUAAUGCGCGAGAUGCCCAGGAUCCCCUGGAUCCAGUAAUCAUCACCUUUGACUCGUUAAACUUAGCCCGAUCGCCUACCAUCAGAAAUCUGCGUCAAUAUUUAUCCGAAGAAGCCCAGUCCAAAAAGGGAAUCGAUGUCGAUACCGCAUUGAUUGGUGGCCUGCGAGCUCGCUCGAUCCCGUUACAGUCCAAUUAUUCGGAUUGCGGGUUAUAUCUGUUGGCGUAUGUGGAGAAGUUCGUUCAAGAUCCGGAUGGGUUCGUGUCGAGGUUGCUUCGAGGAGAGAUGGAUGAGCGCACAGACUGGCCACCUUUGUCAUCCGGUGCUUUACGCCAGCGCCUGCGCAGGUUCCUCGAUGACCUCUACGAUGAACAAGAGCAGCUCAGUCAUGAGGAGUCAGGCGAGAAGCGCGUGAUGGCGGAUAUGCGGCCGAUUUCCUUCCUGCUCGAAGAGGGGAAGCCGGAGCCUGCAAAGGAAGCAGAGAAAUCGGAUACGGAUGCGCCGCAGACCAAACGUUCACCACCGCCGGAAAAGGCCUCACCACUGCCAGAAAAAGCCUCACCACAUCCAGAGAAGGCUUUGCCACAUCCAGAAAAGACGACUGGGCCCUUUUCGUCAUUUCUACCUCCUGCAGAACCCGAAAACCCUCCAGAAGAGGCCCCCGAGAUCGAGGUCUCAGUUACAGGCUCAUUACAACCUCUAUCUUUAUCCUUCUCCCCAGGAACUCCUACGCGCACUGGGAAACACAAAGGGACUCAUCCAUCAAAAGUCGUGCGAUCUAUACAAACGGAACAAAGAGCCGAUGGAGACAUAGUCGAAGUUCCCGACAGUCAAGAGCCAGGACCUGGGGUCUUGGAUCUCACAUCGCCACAGAAGAAAAUCGGUAUCCAGCCUCCGGUACCCGAACCGGGGAAGAAAAAUGACAAUGCCGUUACCGCCGGUGACGAUAAUGUUGCCGUGAAAGCGAACCUUCCUGCUCCUUCAAACGAUGGAGAGAAAGAGAAAAAGAAUGAUGUGCAAAUUAGUGGAACUCCCCCGCCAUCGCCUCCAAAGGAGACGAAGUCUUUUAAAAAGAAACGUAAGAAGCUAGUGGCGGAACUGGGAGUAUUGUAAAUAAUGUCUUUGUCCCUUUAUACCUUUGUUAAUUUGCUUGCUACAUAGAAGGCUCGAGUAGUGGCAUUGGAUUCUGGCGUUUCAAGAGAGGGUUGAGCAUAAGAUACCAAUUGCAUUUUACUUUUAGU